AUGCCACGUGCUCUGGAGUCCUUUGAUGUUGCUCCGUGGACAGCUGAUGUUGAACAGCACCUCCACGCUAUCAACGAGCAGUUUCACUCACAGCUGAAACGGCAUUGCCCAAGACCCAAGUCAGGACCCCAGCGGCCAUACAUUGAUGAUGCAAUUUGGACUCAGCGACAGAAGAAAUUGGAACACAAAGCUCACCUGAAGCACAUCAGACACCUUCUUCGCAGGGAAACUAUGGCUCGCGUUUUUGCGGCCUGGAAAGCACCUGACAGCUGGCUACAGUCGCAGUCUUACAGUUUUGGGACUACACUGCGAAUUGGUAUCCUGAAACAUGGGCUCGGCUUCAGACGCCAGGCUGCCAAGUUGAAGGAACAAAUUUACGAGAACAAGAAUGCCUCCCUGCAAGAAGUCAUCAGCCACUUCUCACAUACCACCGCAGCCUCUGAGAUUCAGCAGAAGUUGAAACCUUUUAUGGGCUCCAACAACAAGAUGAAACAAGGUAUGGCUCCGCUACCACUGAUCAAAGACGCACAAGGGAAACCUUGUGUCUCCCAUACUGCAGCCUUGCAAAGAUGGGUUGAGUUCUUCAGUGAGAUGGAAGGGGGCGAAAGAGUUGAUGAAGAGACACAAAGAACUUUGUGGAGAACCAAUUUGGAGUCAUUGCGCACCUUCAUCUUGGACAUCCCUGUCACAGAGAUUCCUUCCUUGACGGAACUGGAACAGACUUGUCGACAAGUUGCAGCUGGUAAGGCUUCUGGGAUGGACAGAAUCCCUUCUGAGCUGAUUCGAUAUUGCCCGAAGAUUGUGGCCAGACAGCUCUAUUCCCUCCUUUUGAAGAUCGCGACACAAGGACAGGAGCCCUUGGAGCAUAAGGGUGGCUAUCUGAUCCCAAUCUGGAAGGGUAAGCUCAGUAAAGAUUGCUGCCAAGCUUUCCGGUCCAUUCUCAUCUCGUCAAUGGUUGGGAAAACGAUGCAUAAAGCCCUCCGAACAAAACAGACUGACUUGUAUCAGCGGUACCUCCACCCACAGCAGCUUGGGGGUCGCAAGGGCAUCUCGGUGGUUUUGUGUGGGCAUCUUGUGCGGGCCUUUUUGCGAAUCUUUGCUGCUCGGAAUCAGCCCACGGCAGUUAUUUUCAUUGACUUACAGGAGGCCUUUUACAGAGUGGUUAGGCCAUUGGCGAUCUCUGGCCCCUGGAGUGAUGAGCUCAUUGCCACCAUGGCGGAGCGCCUGCAACUUGAUCAGAACAUCUUGCACGACCUAUAUGAGCACCUGCGAUGCCCCAGCGCAGUGGAGCAAGCGCAAUUGAGCAUGACUGCCCGCAGAGCAUGCGAUUCAUAUGCUGAUGUGGUCUUUGGGUAUUUAAUGUCCCGCGCCCUGAAGAACUUUGAAGCUUCUUUGGAAUCCACCAACAUCUUGUCCAGAUUUCCAGAUGAGCCACGUAUUGACCUUCACUCACGUGGCUUUGGUGAUCUUGAUGCACCACCCAUUACGAUGCUUGGGCCAUGCUGGAUGGAUGAUUUAGCCAUUCCACUCACGGCGAUCAACAAUGAGGAGCUCUUUCAGAACUUGCAGGUGGCCACCAGUACCAUCUUAGAUACUCUUCGAGCGCAUGCCAUGACUCCCAAUUUGGGAAAGGGGAAGACGGAGAUCCUCUUCAAGCCACGAGGCACUGGCAAGCAAAAAUGGCACAGAUACCUUUUCGGGCCGCUAGCUCCAGGCUAUGUCACGGCUUUGGGAGAGUAUGACAUCUACAAGGUGAACCUUGUGCAUUCAUAUUUGCAUCUUGGGGGCUUCACACAUUUCUCAGGUGAUCUUCGCAAGGAAAUCAGACGCAGAAUCUCCAUUGCGCACCAGAGCUUCAACAAGUAUCGCAAACUCAUCUUCCAGAACGAGGCAAUUUCAAUGAGCAGGAGAGCGGAAAUUUUCUCAAGCCUCAUCUUGAGUCGCCUCCUGUAUGGUGCCGAGACUUGGACCAUGCAAGAUGCGAAAACCAAGGAGUGUUUGCAUAGCGCGAUUAUCAAGCUCUACAAACGCUUGCUUCGCUGCCCUGCAGAUGACCACAUCAUGGACGAGGAGGUCUUGCACCGGUUGGCAAUGCCCUCCCCGGGGACGCUGUUAAGGGUCAAGAGAUUGAGCUAUGUGAGUUCCCUCUUGAAUCAUGGGCCCUCGGCGCACUGGGGACUUCUGAAUCAGGACCAGACUUGGCUGGAUCUUGUUCGUGAUGAUCUCCAAUGGAUGGGCGACCAACUUGCCAACUCCAGCAACCUUGGAAAUCCAUUCGAGCACACCGACAGAUGGCUCGAGAUUAUGCAAUUUCAUAGAGGUUACUGGAAACGACUCAUUCGCAGAGCCAGAGAGCACUCCAUUCUGCUCAAUUCCAGGAGCUUCCUUUGUGCCUCAGCCCACAUUCGAGUGCGCACCAUGCUACAGGAUCAUCAUUUUUGGACGGCUUCAACCACUUGUCCUUCCAGAUCUUCGCCUUCCACAUUUUUUGGUUGCAUGUUCUGCGGCUUGCGUUUCAAGACAUUGGCCGGUGAGGGAGCGCACAUGAACAGAACUCACGGGAAAGUUCAUCCGGUGCGCACCCUGAUGGAUGGGACACAGUGCGGAGCUUGCCUGAAGGAGUACUUCACUUACAGCAAGCUGAAGCACCAUCUCAUUCGUGCUGAUUCUUGUAGAAGACAGCUGAUUGGCAGGAAGUUGCGAGUUGUGCCUGAGCCGGGUGAAGGCUCCACAUCGAACGCGGCUCUCCACCAUUCUUGGGAUGGUCGGCUACCUCCACUUCAAGCUGCUGGACCUCUACCUCAAGAAGUAUGUCCUCGUGACUUUGAGCCUGAGCACACAGAGCUCUUUGAGGCGAUUUCUUUGAUGAUUGUGGACGCGGAAGAAUCAGAGCUCAACCAUUUUGGAUGGGGAGUACGACGUGUCAUUGAGGGCUUUCCGAUCUCUUGGACUGACUGUUGCAAAACGCUGCGGUGCAUUCAGAACCUUCUUCUCCAAGCGGAUUUGCAUCUCAAUGGCAAGGUCAAGAACACAAUCCAUCAGGAACUGGAGAGGAUCUGCGAUCCGGAGACGUGGCAGUUUCUGCGUGAUCCUCUUAGUGCCCCUGUCAGCACACCGAAACUCUGCGAGAUUGAAAAGGAGUUUGAGGAGACCGAUUUGCAUUUCCCACAGACGGCGGUUCCGAGACCUUGCAGUCAGGAAAGAAUCUUUUUGCAUUUUUUCUCUGGGCGCCGUCGAGCAGGGGACCUGCAAUUUUACAUGGAGCAGCUUUUUGACCAACUUUGUCCUGAUGGCACCUUGCUUUGUGUUGUCUCAGUCGACUUGGUGAUCAAUCAGCAAUGGGGAAACGUGCGACUCAAGGCCACGCAAGACUUCUGGCUUCAAGGGGUUCGUGCAGGUUGGGUCUGUGGAGCCCUUUGUGGGCCGCCUUGCGAGACGUGGUCGCAGGCCAGACACGUUCCUGACGUACGUCGACCAGAACGUGGACCGCGACCUCUCAGAGACCGCGACAAUCUCUGGGGUUAUGAGUCUUUGAGCCUUAGGGAAGCACAGCAGGUAGCUACAGGCAAUGAGCUACUUCUCUUUUCGUUUGAGAUCCUCUAUGCGCUGGCGUGCAUUGCGGGCUUCGGCGUCCUUGAGCACCCUAAAGAGCCGGAAGACCUUGAGAAGCCUUCAAUCUGGCGUCUUGCGAUCCUGAAGCUUCUUCAACAAUUUCCAGGUGUCGACAUCAUUGAUCUGUCGCAGGGCCUUUGGGGAGCACACUCGCCUAAACCCACGCGGCUGCUGACGCUGAACCUGCCUUCGCUUCGUGGCAUUCUGAGGGCACACCAGGUCACAUCUGACCCACCUAGGCGAAGCGCCAUCGGCAAAGCUGAGGACGGUUCAUGGAGAACCGCUCCACUUAAGGAAUACCCGCCAGCGCUCAACAGAGCUCUGGCCACAGCCUUUUGCCAGUGGUUCCACCUUCAUCCUUGCACAGACCUUGUGAUGGACCCUGGCUUUUUAGAGAAGUGCCGUGCCAUGGAUUGUCGCACUUUUGGCACUCAUUUUGGGCCUGAUUACGGCGGAUGA